AUGGUUGGGAAACUGAUGCUCUGGAUCGGUGCUGUUAGUAAACUGAUGCUCUGGAGAGGUGCUGUUGGGAAACUGGUGCUCUGGAGAGGUGCUGUUGGGAAACUGAUGCUCUGGAGAGGUGCUGUUGGUAAACUGAUGCUCUGGAGAGGUGCUGUUGGGAAACUGAUGCUCUGGAGAGGUGCUGUUGGGAAACUGAUGCUCUGCAGAGGUGCGGUUUGGAAACUGAUGCUCUGGAUCGGUGCAGUUGGGAAACUGGUGCUCUGGAGAGGUGCUGUUGGGAAACUGGUGCUCUGGAGAGGUGCUGUUGGGAAACUGAUGCUCUGCAGAGGUGCGGUUUGGAAACUGAUGCUCUGGAUCGGUGCAGUUGGGAAACUGAUGCUCUGGAGAGGUGCUGUUGGGAAACUGGUGCUCUGGAGAGGUGCUGUUGGAAAACUGAUGCUCUGGAGAGGUACGGUUUGGAAACUGAUGCUCUGGAUCGGUGCAGUUGGGAAACUGGUGCUCUGGAGAGGUGCUGUUGGGAAACUGAUGCUCUGGAGAGGUGCUGUUGGGAGUGGUUGCAACGUCUAUGUAGAAAAGAUUAUUCAGCACUCUGAACUUAAAAGGAACAAUUGGAACUAA